GUAAUAGCAUCUGUUGUGUUUGAAACAUUCCAAGUAAAGUUAAGAGAGUUGGGAGAUUUUCCCACAAGAAAUAUUAUUGGUUGGCCAGGAACUGGGAAAAAACACAAAAGAAUCACCAACAAAUUUUUUUACGACUCGGUGUCCAUUAGGGAAGUACCAGUCACCACGAUGCAUACCCUGCCCACUGCUGCAGCAUGUUCUCAGAUAGGAGUGGUUGGCCAGUGUCUCCCCCAUGAAGGAGACAUAAGGAGUCUGCUGAGGGUUGACCUCCACCAGGGACCAGAGGAGACUGAGGGAAAUGACCACCACCAACAUCGUAACUUAUUCUAUGGUUGAGUUUGUGGCCUGUGCUCUUUUUUAUGAGCUAUACCGGGUUGUUUGUUUUAUCACCAGACCAACACUGUGGUUAUUGGCUAAUGGUACACAAGGCAAAAGUAAUCACAAGAUCUGAAACAUUGAGGUGGGGUUAAAGCUUUGGGUUUGUUUGUAUAAUUGCGUAUGAUGGUUGUCCAAGUCAAAUUGUGCAUGCGUAUUUGCACAUUCGUGUAUAUGCUUCACUCAGUAGCGAUAUUGCUUGUGCAUGCUGGCUAUGCUUUUGGUUACAAGUCAGUCGCCUUAUGUAAGGAAAAAAUCUACAAAAAGGAGUUGGUGCCUCUUUAUUUACUUGGCGA